GAAAGAAUGACGUGUUGAAGUUUGUUAGGAUUUGUUUUAUGUUUUGGUUAUAUUCGACAAUUAUAUUCUGUUUUGAAUUUAGAAAAUGAAAAUACGUACACAAAAGUAAUUUUUGUUAAGACGUAAACCAUUUACUGUUAGUGAAUUAACAAAAUGUGCUUUUCAAGUAAAGUUUUAGUGUAUUUAUUAUUUACAUCGAUUUGUCUUCUACACUGUUAUAAAUGUAAUAGUGAUAAGUAUGCUCAUGAACAUGAUCAUCACUUACAUGAACAUAUAAGUGAAAAUAAAAAAGCUUAUAAAUAUUCCAAAGAAGCAAAUGAACCCUAUCACAAUCAGAAACAUUCACACCACGAGUCUAAAGCCAAACAUCUUGGGAAAGAAAAAAAAGACUACAGUGAAGGUGAUGUGUGGAUGCAUGCAAUAGGUGCAACUUUAUUUAUUAGUGCAGCCCCUGUUUUGAUAUUGUUGGUCGUUCCAUUGGAUAAUACAGAGAAAACUCAGCCUUUAUUAAAAGUGUUGCUGGCUUUUGCAUCUGGAGGUCUUUUAGGAGAUGCAUUUUUGCAUUUAAUUCCCCAUGCAGCACUAACAGUGACUUCAAAAGAUAUUCAUUCCUUCCAUGCUCAUGGUCAUUCACAUGAUAAUCAUCCAAGUCAUACUGAAGUACAUGGACAUGAACACUCUCAUGAAAACCAUAGUCAUGAUAUGUCUAUAGGCUUAGGGGUUCUUUCUGGAAUUAUUGCAUUCCUAAUAAUCGAAAAAGGAGUGAGGAUUGUAAAAGGCAGUGGCCAUGGCCACACCCACAGUUCUGUUUCUGUCUCCAAUGACCAAAAAGAUGGUCUAGCAAUCGGGGCUUCUUUCUUAGCUGGAAAUCAUAUAGGAAUAGUGACUACAGUUACAAUUCUACUGCAUGAAAUUCCUCAUGAAAUAGGAGAUUUUGCAAUUCUCUUGCAAUCAGGAAUUUCUCGAAAAAAUGCUAUGCUGCUACAGCUUAGCACAGCUGUUGGAGCAUUGGCAGGGACUGUGCUUUCUCUUUUGAGCAAGAACAGUGAAGGCAUUUUGGGAUUUAACUGGAUCCUACCCUUCACAGCUGGCGGAUUCAUUUAUAUUGCUUUGGUAUCUGUGAUACCUGAACUGUUGGAUGAAGAAAAACCCACAUUUGUACAAACAAUACUGCAAGUGUUUGCUAUGCUUGCUGGAGUUUAUAUGAUGGUUAUCAUUGCCGAGUAUGAAUGAGAGUAGGAAAUUUACUUAAUGUUUGUUUUAGAAGUAAUUUGUACUCAGUUGAGGUAAAAUACAAAAUUAUAGUCG